CACGCUUCCGCACCUAUCACUACCUCGUACCUCGUCGACAUGUUCAAGCAUACGAAGCCUUCUAUUCAAGGCGCUCAGCGCCAACGAGGUCCAUCUCCCUCUUACCCAGAGCGCCAAUCCCUUCCUCCUACCCGCGACUCUGUCCCGAAUAAUUACGUGCCGAGCGUCAGGAAAACGUCGGCUGCGGCUCCGUCUGCCCAGUCCCAACCUCCACUGUACCAUCCCUCCCAAUAUGACUUGCCAUCCCAGACGAACUACGCGCUUGCACGUACUGGGGCUAGCGUGCCGGCUGCCAUGAGUCCCUUCGCUGCCGCCAAAAAUUUUAAUCAGCGAGUUAAAGUUUGCAUCAGCUUCGACACCGGCCACUGGGUCGCCGGCAUCAUCGUCGGCGCCGUCCAAUGGAUCAGCUCCUUCCCAGUUACUCGCGCGGCUGGCCUUGGUUGCGAGGUCAGGUACCGAGACCCGUUUACUACUGCGGAGGCUACGAGGCCUUUCCCGGUCGAGCACGUCCAGCCUAUGCCUAUGUAGUGGAGCUACUGGGUCUUCGGAAUGGGUCUCUGUCAAACCGUGUAGGAUUGUAUACUGUCUCUGAUGUCUGUGUGUGUCUGUACGAGUAGGUCGAACGUUGGUGAAGAUCUUUUUCUGAGUGUCGAUGAGCUGCCUUUUCUCGUGC